AUGCCGGCAAGGGAAAAUCACCCGAGGUCUUCACCCCCAUCUCCCCCUUUAAGCCAGCGCAAAUCCGCGUUUGAGGUCAUCCCCAAAUGGAACCAACCACCCCCUUACCCCGGUUCCACCACCACCUACCCCCCCGGCUACAACUUCAUCCUCUACCUCAAGAUCCUCAUAAACUGGUACAACACCUACCACCCAACCGGCCACCUGGGCACCUUCGGCUCAACAAUCUGCUACCACAUCUUUCACCCCACCAACCUCGCCCCCUUCCACCAAACCACCCUCCGUGAGCACUGGGCCACCCAACCCAGGGUAUACACCUGCCCCUCCUGCCCCCUCCCCUACUCCUCCUGCCCACACCGGUGCUUCACCCCCCACGCGGGCAAGUUCUUUGGUCUAUCCAACGACCCUACCAUCCUCCUCGACGACCUGUUGACCUGCUUCGGACCGGAGAACCAUGACCUCAACGACCACAACUGGGGGAAGAUCCCGAGGAUAGAGUUUCAGUCGCUGGAGCAGUACGAGAUGUUUCUUUUGGGGGGUUUGUACACGAUGGACAACAACCUGAAGAGGAAUAUGGAGACGCGGUUGUUUCAAAUUCACGGUUUUUACGUCCAUUUCGAAAAGAUGGUGAGGGAGUUGGAAGGGGGGGUGGAGGGGUUGCUUGAGUUGUACAGGGGGGUUGUGGAUUUGAGAAACGGGGAGGGGGAGGGGAGGAUUUUGGGGGGCGUACUCGAGGAGAUUAGACGGCGGGAAAAGGAGGAGGUGAUGAGGAAGAAGAGGAGGUGGGGGGAUAGGGGGAAUAUGGAGGAGGUGAUGGUGGGUUGUGAUGGGGUGUCUACCGUAUCUUCUGGCAGCAGUGAGGGGUGUGUUGGCAGUGACAAGGCUGCUGACAAUGAUAAGCGUGAUGGUGGGUUUCCUUCCCCGACAAAGAAACGCAAGUCGGUUGGGACGACGGAUGAUGAGGAGGAUGAGGACGCCUUGGGGGGCCGAUUGCUCAGAAUAUAA